UUUGGCAGAGGUAAACUAACCAAAAAAGAAAAAAAUAUCAUCUCUUUUUCUUAUGCCAACUCUUUAUUAGUUAUUUUCUCUCAGCAUGUUCUUAUCCACGUUUGUACCCAUUUCUUCCUUCAAUGAUGCUGUGCAGACGGAAAGAAGGGGAGAUUCUCUGUUUUGGGAUUCCGAAGUUUUCUUUAUCUCCUCAAGUGAGAGUAAGAUCUUUUUCCACUUCUUUAAGCUAAUUGGGAGUGCCUUCCCCUCCUAGAGGCAGCACAGUUGCAUCUCGAUCGCUUCUGUUCCUUCAUCUGUUCACUGGAGAGGACAAAGAUAAUUCAGAACAGCAAGCAAGGGAUCUUAAUGAAUGUUAGCAGGGGGAUCUGAGGUGGUGGUGUUGGUGAUCUGUUCCUGUUGAUGAUAUUUCUUCUCACGGGGGAGGUGGGUCUGAGAAAAAACCAUCUCUUUGGUGAAAGAGAUCCCUCUUCGGCCUGCAAUAUUCCAUCUGCUGGCUAAUAGGAUGUACAAAAUAUGCCUUGAUUUCACAUUGAUGUGAGUGAACAAUGGAGCGAGCAGCGAACAAGACUUGACCGGUUACUGUUCCCGUUCCUUUGGACUUUUAGGCUUUUUUACAGAGGGAGGAGAGGAGGAUGGCUUGCCUGCUGUAACAGUUUAUCUUGUACCGAUGACAAGAGAAGAGGCUGGAAGGAUGUCAUCUGGAAUCCAUCAGUCAGGUUCCUACAUUGUGACAAAACAAAAGAUGGUUGGAUUUGAGAGGUAUGAACCCUCUCUCUUGUUUGGUGAUAUACAGGAUACCCUCCUCUCUUGACCUACUAAAAGGCUUGGAUAGUUGGAUGCUGGAUGCAUGAAAAGGGUUGGAAUAUGAAAAGUGGAAGAAAAGGAGGAGCUGGAAAAGAAAUUCCCCAGACCGCUGCAGUAGAUCUGUAUCUCCUGAUGUCCUCCUUCUAGCAGUAGAUUAGGAGCAUCUUUUGCUUCUGUGUCUUCUCCUAGAGUCACUGUCAUCACUAUUCUUGCACUUAUCUCUUCAUUUCUCUCUGCCUUGCAUGGCGAUCUAUUUUUCACACAUGCACAUGGACCCCUGCUCACCAUCCCAUCGCUCCCUUGUCCUGUUUCUCUCUUCUGCUAACCUGGCAUUCUAGCCUUUACUGCUUCUCCCAUAUCACCACUCGAUUUUAUAGGAUAUUUUAGAUUCCUUCCUUUCAUUUACGUACCUGCUCCUAAGCUGAUAUCAAAUCAGUUUGCAUAUCAGGCACCAAAAUCCAAAAGCAAAACAUCUACAAAAGGACAAAAGAAGGUAUAAAGCCCUCUUCUCUCUCUCUCUCUCUCUCUCUCUCUCUCUCUCCCUCCCUCCCUCCCUAAGAUACUAUUGAGGGAUGGGGCACAGAGAAAGGGAGCUUUGUGAAUAAUGUCCCUACAUAGUCAAGUUGCCACUCCCAUACUAACAAUACUAUAUACAUUUAAUCUCUCUGCCUCAGGCAGAUCAUGCCCUGUCAAAGCAGCUGCAUUCUUAGAUGUUCGAUUAAUGCAAGGGACUGCAAACACCCCAAUCUCGCUUCCAUCUCCUUCCCAUGUUAUAUUUGCCUUCUCACUGGGCUCGUAACUCCACUCCACUCCUCAGCUUCACAACCUUUCCCUGCUGCUUGAAAUGCUCACCUCCUUGCAUUCGCAUACGGAUGAAGAAGAAGAAGGCGCACACCACCGCCACCCCAACCUUCAGAUCUUACCACAUGGACUGACCGCCCCUUCAACCCAUUCCUGCCGAUUGCUUAUCAGCUGCGCCGAGCUCAUCCACCGUGCCGACUACUCCGCCGCCCGCCGCAUUCUCUCCCUGCUCUCCAACAUCUCCUCUCCCCAUGGCGACUCCACCGACCGCCUUGUCCACCAAUUCGCUCGCUCCCUCUCGCUCCGCAUCGAUCGCCUCACCCAUCUCAUCUCCCCCUCAUUGUUCUCAGACAAUGAGGACACCCUCCAGUCCUCCUACCUCUCCCUCAACAAGGUCACCCCCUUCCUCCGCUUUGCUCACCUGACUGCCAACCAGGCCAUUCUCGAGGCCAUCGAUGGCCACCGAUCCAUCCACAUCCUGGACUUCGAUACCUCGCACGGUGUGCAAUGGCCUCCUUUCUUGCAAGCCAUUGCUGAGCGUUCCGACCCCUCCAGUCUACCCUCCAUCCGCAUCACCGGUACCGGUACCGGCCUUGACGUCCUCCGCCGAACUGGUGAACGCCUCCAAGCCUUCGCCAACUCUUUAGGCCUCAGAUUCCAAUUCCACCCCCUUUACCUCCCUACCGCCGAUCCUGAUGCUAGUGCUAGUCUGAAUUCUUCUUUCCAACUGCACCCGGGCGAGACCCUGGCCGUGAAUUGCAUGCUGUUCUUGCAUAAGCUUCUGAAGGACGGAAGCAGUGACGAUCCUGCAUGCAAGCUCGUGGCUUUCCUCCAUGCGGUCAAGGCGAUGAACCCAGUGGUGGUGACAGUUGCUGAGAGGGAGGCCAACCACAACUCGCCAAUAUUCUUGCGAAGAUUCAUGGAGGCUUUGGAUCACUACACAGCGGUUUUCGAGUCCUUGGAGGCUACGCUGCCACCCAAGAGCCCGGAGCGCCUCGAGGUGGAGCAAGUGUGGCUCGGGAGGGAGAUCGAAGACAUAGUUGGCAGGGAGGGGGAAGGGAGGAAGGAGCGGCACGAGCGGUUUGAAUGGUGGGAGGGUCUGAUGAGGGGUAGGGGGUUUUCGAGCCUCCCGCUGAGCCCAUUUGCACUGUCGCAGGCAAAACUGCUGCUCAGGCUGCACUACCCUUCGGAAGGUUACCAGCUUCCGAUGUCGAAGAACUCCUUGUUCCUGGGUUGGCAGCAUAAGCCCCUCUUCUCAGUCUCUUCUUGGCACUGAUCAUGCAGCAAUUCCAGGAAGAAAACCCAGCCGAUCUGCUUCAUUUGGUAGCUUUACUUCUCUCUUAUCUGUUUUUCAUUCUCUUUUUAUUUUUGGCGUGCGUUUUUCUUCUUUCAAUCAAGUGGGAUUUCCACAUGGAAAACAAAACCCCAGCUGGAAAUGAAGGCCCGAAGUAUAGAUACAUAGAUGGGUUGAUAUAGUAUAUAUGGGAUGUCUUUACUCCAAACCUAAACAUGAGUCUUCAACUCUACUUGAUGCUUUAUGAGCAUGAUGGUGCACAUUGCAUGGCAAAAUUUUGGAAGCAGUGAAGACAGAAGAAACUCAUGAGGUCUCGCCAGUCUUCUAGUUUUCUUUAUUGCUUCCCACAAUUUUGUCUUCUUUCAUAUACAUAAUUUUCCUUGUAAUCCUGCAAAUAUAUUGCAGUAUUUGAGAUUUCAAA